CAACAGCAAACUAAGACGUCUGCAUUAGGCGAAAGCAAUUCAAUUAAAGCAGAAUACACCAGCGGCUUUUGUUAACGAUUUGAAGAUAUUGAUUAGUGUGCAAUGCCGCCACCACCACCGGGACGACAGGGGCCGCCGCCGGGGCCUCCACGCCGACCAUUGUUUAAAGUGGAAAUCAUACCACCGUGGCGACGGCACCAUCACCCGCCGCCACCACCACCGCCCAGUCAGCCAGUUGUUGUAGUUGUGCCGCCAACACAACCGCCACCGCCGCCAUACGGAGGAGGUUACUAUCCACCACCACCGGGACCGCCACCUCCAGAUCACUAUCACAAUCCACCGCGUUAUUAAGGAAUUAUGUGGGUGGAUAUAUAUUAGUAAAACUAAUGGAUGUGUUAUUUAAAUUUUCCGUAUGUAUGUAGCGCGCGAAAUAUGAAAAGUCGCUUUAAAAACUCUUACGUGUGCCUUUCGUGCUUAAUAACUUAAUUAUAAAUAACCAGUACAUUGACAUGACAUUUUGUAAAUUUUUCUAAGCAUAUUUUAGUGAAUUUAAGCAGAAAUUUUGUAAUAAAUUUUGAGUUACACAUUUUUUAUGA